UCCAUCAUGUACUUUUUGUUACGAUAGUACUGUAAUAAAAUAGUACAUGAACUAACAUAAAUUAACUGAAACAUGAUUUUAGAAGAAAUAUUUUUUAAUAAAUCAUUUUGUGUUUGUACUAGCUAAGUAGAAAAAAAUUAAUGUUAAUUGUAUUUCUAACCUCAGAUAUAAAUAUUACAAACAAUACAGUAGGUAUGCUAAGAACAUAUAAAAUUUAUAUUUAAAUGAUGUCUGUGGAUAAAAGCAGGGCAAUGCCAGCCAAUAGUCAAAUUGCAUUGAAUUCCGACGAUAUAAUUAUUUUGGAUGAUGAUGCUGAAGAUGAUAAUUCAAUCAACAAAACUACUAGUAAACAAAUUGAGCCAGUGCAGAAAAAAGCUAAAAAGAUAAAUACAACAAAAUCAUUAAACGGUGAACAGACUUCAAACAAAAAACGAGGCUUUUGUGCAAACACUCGCUGUAAAAGCAACAAUAAAGGCGUUUUAAAAUAUUGUCCUUCAGAUAUUUUGAGGUUUUAUAAAAUAAAUGUAGAUAAAAGUGCAGAUCAGCUUCUUUGUGAUGGCUGUUUCGAAAAAGCUACAAAAGAAAUUGGGGCUCGAGUAGACAUGUUAUUUGAAGGUGAAUGUUUGCACGCUCAGAAAAAGAUAAUUGAUCAUGAACUCUUAGCCAUCUCUGAUAGUGAUGAAGAUGAGGAAGGCAUGGAGAUAGAUCGUGGAAAAUCAGAUGAAGUGGAUGCAGACUUUCGAGAAAAUAUUAAAGAUGUUAUUGAAGAAAUGUUUACAAAGCUUGAUGUGGCAAAACAAGUUGAUGAUUGUGUUCAACUUCUUGAUGAGAAGAGAAAAGUAUUAGAAGAGAAAACUGAUAAAAUUGAUAAAGAGGUCCAGAAAAUAACACAAUAUGCAAAUAAAGUGGAAGGCAUAUAUUAUAGCAUCUUUAAAAAGAAAAUAGAAAAUAUAGGUGAAGUUAUGAUACCAGAUGUAAUUACAGAAAGGACAAGGGUAGUGCCUUCUUCUAAGUCAAGUAUAGUGCGGAAUAAAACUGCAUCUCCAUUGAAACAGACUAGCACAAUUCCUAUCAUCAGACAAGUGCCAAGUGGAUCACUUCAACAAUAUUCUCCAUCUCGAAUUAGGUACCCAGGGCCUCAAUCUAUACGAGCUGUUAGACCAGUGCAUCCUCAAACAACGCAGGUGCCUCGGAAUGUAUACAGGCCGAUCAGACCCAUGCCUCCUAAAGCCAGUGAUUUGCCAGUUGUCUUUCGACCUCGUGCUGGUGAUCUUUGUUAUGCGCGAAAAUCGGACGCAAUGGCGUCUUGGUGUCGUGCACGUAUUGUGGAGGUCUUGUCCAUUGGUAAUCCGGCGGAGAAUGUAUUUAGUGUGGUAAAAGUUACAUUUAGAACAUCAUCUGAAAAUGAAAGCAGUUUUCUAUACAGACAAGUCAAUGGAAAACAAAUUGCUUGUCCAUCACCAAGUCCUGUACGUUUACCCACAGGAACCAGAGUGAUAGCAAUAUGCAGGGAUUCAAAUAUGAAAAGGGAUUCAUUUUUUGCUGGAAUUGUUGCGGAACCACCAUUAAGCACAAAUCGUCAUCGAUAUCUAAUAUUUUUUGAUGAUGGUUAUGCCCUGUAUGUGGAGCAUUCGCGAAUUCGGCGCAUUUUGGAAUCUUCUGUUUGUGUUUGGGAGGAUGUCAGUAAAAAUGCUGCAGCCUUCAUACACAAAUAUUUGAAAAAUUAUCCCGAAAGACCAAUGGUUAGAACAGAAGUUGGCCAUGUUAUGAGGACUGAAUAUGCUGGUAACUGGUGUAAAACUCGAGUUAUAUCUCUGGAUUGCAGUUUGGUUCAAAUGUUUUUUGUUGAUAAUAAUAGAUCUGAAUGGAUAUACAGAGGUUCUACAAGAUUAGCGCCUUUGUAUCUGGAAAUCCAAAAUGCUGAUAAUAGAAGAGAUGGAAAACAUAGACCUAUGCAUAUAGUCAGAAAGAAUCAAAACAUGCCGUAUGUAGAGUAUACAAGAAUCGAUGAUGAUGAAGUGUGGAUUGCUGUACCUAAAAAUCAAGAAGAAAUAAAACCUAGUACAAAUUCACUUGCGUCGAAGCAAGCAAACUCUGCCAAUAAAGCUAAAAAGAGCACCACAGCAGUUUCAGUCAAAAAUCAGCAACUUAUGGAACCGCAAACUGUCAAGCCUCUUUAUGAAGGAUCUCAAGGAAAAGUUAUAUUUUAUAGGGCGAAAACGCCGAUGGAAGUACAAAAAUUCAAAACACACAAUUGUGGAAAAGAAUGUCUUCGCGCAUUGCCUUACAGUUUGAAAGGAUACAGUCCUUUAUCUAAGCCCUUGCUCUCAGGAUGGCAAAGGUUACUGGUUAAAGGAAAAUCGAAAAAGGUGGUAGUCAUUUACAGAGCCCCUUGUGGAAGAAGACUGAGAAAUAUGAAAGAACUGCAUACUUACUUAAGACUGACAGGUUGUACUUUGGGAGUUGAUUGUUUCGAUUAUGAUUCGUGGGUUCACUGCCUUGCUGAAUUUGUUUUGGAAAGAUACAAAUUACUUCGGGAUGAUUUGUCUAAUGGAAUGGAAAGCAUGCCGGUGCCUUGUGUGAAUUAUUACGAUCAUGACAUGCCUGAAUAUUCUAGUUAUUCUACAGUUCGUAUACCUACGGAAGGUGUGAAUUUGAAUCUCGAUGAAGAAUUUUUAUGUGGUUGUGAUUGUGAAGACGAUUGCCAGGAUAAAACUAAGUGCAGUUGUUGGAAAUUAACAAUAGAAGGUGCAAAAUGUAUACAGCCCGAAUUAUCUGAAGAAGAAAUUGGUUACCAAUAUAGACGAUUGUUGGAACCUGUCACCACUGGAAUUUAUGAAUGCAAUUCUAGAUGUAAAUGUUCUGCGACAUGUUUGAAUCGUGUCGCUCAAAGACCACUGCAAGAGAAAUUACAAGUAUUCAAAACGAAAGACCGUGGAUGGGGAAUCAGGUGUAUGAACGAUCUACCUCAAGGAACUUUUAUUUGUAUUUAUGCUGGCAACCUGCUCACUGAAGCUAAAGCCAAUGCGGGAGGAGCGGCAUACGGCGAUGAAUAUUUUGCUGAACUGGAUUAUAUAGAAGUUGUAGAAAAAUUAAAAGAGGGUUAUGAAGAAGAUGUUAUAAAUCCUGAUUUAGAUCAAGAUGCUUCACCUUCCACUCCAGAAGAUCCAGACGAUGACGAUGAGGAAGAAUAUGAAGAUUAUGGCUCUAUGACCAGAGACUCUGAUGAGGAAUUUCUUCCAAGCCUGAAUACUCAAUCAAAUCAUACAGGAGCUGCAAUUAGUACAAGACUUAGUAAAAGGAAACGUGAUUCGGCAGAUACUGAUAGUAAUAGUAAUAGUAAUAUUUUAACUAAACCGAGUUCUGAAGAUGGAAAACAUAGUUCAGAGAAUGAAUGCAGUAAUGAUGCAGAGAAAUUGAAAAUUAAACCUGAUCCUGAUAACCAGCAUGAUUUGGAAAGCAGACUGUCUUCUUGGGAUCUGGACACUACAGAAUGCAUCACUAUAUCAGAUGAAGAUGAACCUUUGAGAGAGCCAAGUAGUUUUGCUCCUACAAAGGACUUGGAGCAAAAAGAACCUGAAACAGAAUACAAAUCUUUUCGGCUUCUUUAUGGAGAAGAUGAAUACUGUUAUGUUAUGGAUGCUAAGACUAUAGGAAAUAUUGGCCGAUACCUGAAUCAUUCUUGCAAUCCAAAUGUAUUUGUGCAAAAUGUAUUUGUGGACACUCACGACUUGCGCUUUCCUUGGGUGGCAUUCUUUGCUUUAACUUUCAUACGUGCUGGUACUGAACUAACAUGGAAUUACAAUUAUGAUGUCAACUCGGUUCCUGGUAAAGUAAUGUACUGCAAAUGUGGAGCAUCUGUAUGUAGAGGAAGACUGUUAUAAAAUAUUCAAAAUUAGAUAAAGAAUAAUAAGAGGUGUAGUGUUUAUUAUCAAUCAAUCCAAAAGUGGCAAACUAAGUUAUGACCAAUUGGAAAGGAAUUAUGAUUGUUAAGUUUAGUUAUGAUCAGUUUAGAAAUGAGCAUCAUUGAAACUGUGAUAUCAAAAGUCCGGACUAAAUUAAUCAUAUAUUUCCAUUUAAUAGUUUUAAGGGGUACCAUUUGAUAUUGCACAAUGUCAUUUGAAUUUUAUAUUCUUAUCUUAGGUGUUCACAAUUAUGUUGCCAAACAAUGAAA